GAAUCAAAUUAGUGAAAUUAUUAUUGUGUUUUUAGAGUUUACCAAAUUCCACAUUCCUCGAAACCUCCCUUUCCUAAUCUUCUUCUUCUUCUUCUUCUUCUUCCCUAAUCUCUCAUUCUAUUCAUUCAUUCCGCCAUUGAAAUUUCUUCAAUCUUCACUCUCUCUCUCUCUCUCUCUCUCUCAAGAUCACAACAAAUCAAAACCAAAUUCAAAAUCAGAUCAGGCCAUGCAAUCUUCCUCGGUCUUAAUUCUCGCAUCCGUCGCUAGUUUCUCCGUCGCAACCCUUUUCCUCUUUUGCAUCUUCUUCAUCUGCAAACACUUCAAAUCCCAUCAUCCAACCACUCGUCAACGCCAAGUCCGCCACCGCAAUAUAGAUCUCUCCUCCGUCACCGUCGAUGAGAGCGCCUCCUUCGAUUCUUCCCUCCGAAUCUCCAUGGCUGAACUCCGUUCCGCUACCAAGAAUUUCAGCAACGAUUUAGUCGUUGGCGAUGGCUCCUUCGGCCUCGUUUACAAAGCUCGUCUCUCCUCCGGCGCUACCGUCGCCAUCAAGAAACUCAAUCCUGAUGCCUUCCAAGGAUUCAGAGAAUUCCGAGCCGAGAUGGAAACUCUAGGUAAACUCCGCCAUCGGAAUAUUGUUAAAAUCUUGGGAUACUGUGUUUCCGGCUCCGAUAGGGUCUUGAUCUACGAAUUCAUCGAGAGAGGAAGUCUAGAUAAUUGCUUGUACGAAACCUCAUCCGACGAUCAGGAUUCCGAUGGCUAUUUGGCCUCACGGCAGCCAUUGCCAUGGGAUACCAGAUUGAAGAUCAUGAGAGGGGUUGCUAAUGGGCUUUCGUAUUUACAUGGCCUUCCUCAGCCCAUUAUUCAUAGAGAUAUUAAGGCCGGUAAUGUCUUAUUGGACUCUGAAUUCGAGGCCCAUAUUGCUGAUUUUGGCCUCGCCCGUAUGAUUGAAACUUCUAACUCCCACGUUUCCACUCAAUUCGCCGGAACCAUGGGGUAUAUGCCGCCGGAGUAUAGGGCUGGAGUGACGGUCGCCACUGUGAAGGCUGACGUGUACAGUUUUGGGAUUUUGAUGUUUGAAGUUGCUAUGGGCCAAAGACCCAAUUUGCCCAUGUUGUUGGACGAAAGAGAAGUGGGCUUAAUAGAAUGGGCUAGGAUUUUAGUGGCCCAAAAUAGGCAUAUGGAAAUGGUUGAUGCGACUAUUUCCAACGACGAAUUAGUGGAGUCUAAUGUGAAGGAGUAUUUUAGGAUUGCUUGUUUGUGCACGAGUGAGAAGUCUAAAGAAAGGCCUCCUAUGUCUAAUGUGGUCGAGUUGUUGGAUCGGAUUUGUGACAUGAAGUUGCGCGACAAUGACGAGUAUCAAGAUAAGCUGGAUGAGUAGUUUUGGCAACAACUGCGAUAUUGGCAUUGGCAUUUCGUGUUGAUGAGAUGCACCACCAACAUUUCAACUGUAGGGAAUGUAAAUAGUGUGCUGAGCCAAUUAUUGAAAUAGGUCCAAGUGUAGAGUGAUGUUAUUAAGUUCGUUGUUAUUUCUUUUCUUUUCUUUUUAUAAAUAUUGGUGAAAUUUGAAUUUUUCAAUCACAAUCUUAAUCUAACUUAAAUACGUUGCUUAAUUUCUAUGGGACGAUUAUAAUAUUAAAUUUACUUUUA